AUGGGGGUCCAAGACCUGGAGACUUGGGUCAACCAGCUCGGAGUCCUCUUUCAAGAGUUUCCUCUACGUGAAGAGCUUCAAGCACUCAUUAAGCCAGCUGCUCUCACCACUGGCAUAGCACUACUCUUUGUCUACCUCUUCUUCGUCCGCUCCGAUCCGCCUGUUCGCUAUACCGUUCCCGCGCCAAAGCUUCCCGAAGGCGAACCGCAGAUUCUCAAGCAUCCUUCGAUCAAGGUAGAGGGUAGCUCUGCCAUUCAGUGUUACGCGCCAGCGACCGGCCAGCUCCUCGGUCUCGUCAACCCGUCCACCCCCGCUGGCCUCGAUCGCGCCAUUGCGUCAGCCGCCGAGGCGCAAAAGAAAUGGAGUCAGACCACGUUCCGUGAGCGGAGGGCGGUUUUGCGCACCAUGCUGCAGCACGUUCUCGACAAUCAAGAACAGAUAUGCAGAGUCAGCAGCCUGGAUUCGGGCAAGACCAUGCUCGACGCGCAGCUGGGCGAAAUUCUAGUCACGACCGAGAAGCUCCAAUGGACCAUCAAACAUGGCGAGAAGGCCCUGCUGCCCGAGAAGCGUCCCACCAAUAUGCUGAUGUGCUACAAAAAGAACAAGGUCAUCUACGAACCACUGGGCGUUGUAGCUGCGCUGGUUAGCUGGAACUACCCAUUCCAUAACCUGGUCGGUCCCAUCAUUAGUGCCAUAUUUGCAGGCAACGGAAUCGUGGUCAAGGUCAGUGAGCAGACGUGCUGGAGCGCUGCCUAUUAUACCAACAUUGCUCGUGGCGCCCUGGUCGCGCAUGGACAUGAUCCGGCCCUGAUCCAGAGCGCCGUCUGCUGGCCGCAGGUUGCCGGUCAUCUUACAAGUCACCCCGGCAUCAGCCAUGUCACUUUCAUUGGAAGUCGUCCGGUCUGUCACCAUGUCGCAGCCAGCGCCGCCAAGAGCCUUACUCCAGUUGUGGCGGAGCUAGGUGGCAAGGACGCUGCCGUGAUUUGCGAUUCGGCCAAGGGUGACCUGAAGAGGAUUGCAGAUAUCAUGAUGCGCGGCUCUUUCCAAGCUGCUGGACAAAACUGUAUCGGCAUUGAGCGCAUCAUUUGUGCCCCGGGCGUAUACGACAAGCUAGUGGAGAUGCUGGCACCUCGUGUCAAGGCACUACGGCUAGGAACGGAGAAGGAUGUCGGCGCUGUGAUAUCAGACAACUCGUUUGUCCGUCUUGAGAGUUUGGUGCAAGAUGCUGUGCAGCGCGGUGCAAAGUUACUGGCUGGAGGGCAGAGAUAUAACCACCCUGAUCACCCUUCAGGCUUCUACUUUACGCCUACUCUGCUCGUAGACGUGACACGGGACAUGGCGAUUGCACAAGAAGAAUGCUUUGGCCCCAUCAUGACGAUCAUGCGCGCAGCUUCAGGAUCUGCUGACGACUUGUUGAACCUUGCAAACGCACCCGACUUUGGACUCGGCGCCAGUGUUUACGGUAACGACAGUGAUCCAGUCCUCCGUGCAGUGGUCAAGGGCAUCCGUUCUGGCGGCGUGGCUGUCAAUGAUUUUGCUGUAUUCUACGCCGUACAGUUGCCGUUCGGCGGUGUCGGUGGUUCUGGCUAUGGAAGAUUCGCAGGAGAGGAGGGCCUGAGGGGCCUCUGCAACAUCAAAAGUAUCUGUGAAGAUCGAUUUGGUUGGCUAGGCGUCAGGACGGCGAUUCCCCCUCCAGCGCAGUACCCGGUCAAGAACCAAGACGGGGCUUGGAGGUUUGCGAGGGGCGUUGUGAGACUAGGUUACAGUCUCGGGAUAGGAGGAAUGGUCGAGGGCAUUCUAGAUGUCGUAAGGAAUGGCUAA